AUGUCCCAUUCUUCAAGAAAGAAGUUGCUUCUUAUGGGCCGUUCAGGUUCCGGAAAGUCGUCAAUGAGAUCUAUCAUCUUCUCCAACUACUCAGCCUUUGAUACCCGAAGACUUGGUGCCACCAUCGAUGUAGAGCAUUCGCACCUUAGGUUCCUUGGCAACAUGACUCUCAAUUUAUGGGAUUGUGGUGGACAAGAUAUUUUCAUGGACAACUACUUCACUAACCAGAAAGACCACAUCUUCAAGAUGGUACAAGUACUCAUACACGUGUUUGACGUGGAGUCCAAGUCCAUCAAUAAAGAUAUUGAGAUUUUCAUCAAGGCGCUCACAAAUCUUCAGAAAUAUAGUCCAGGUGCCAAAAUCUUUGUAUUGUUGCACAAGAUGGACCUCGUCCAAAUUGACAAACGGGAGGAGUUAUUUACAAUAAUGAUGGAAAAACUCCAGAAAAUCUCGAAUCCCUACCAGUUCAAGUUAAUUGGCUUCCCCACGUCCAUUUGGGAUGAGAGUUUAUACAAGGCAUGGUCGCAGAUUGUCUGUUCGUUGAUACCCAACAUGAACCUCUUCAAUAACAAUUUGCUCAAGUUGAAUCUGAUUUUGGAAUCUGAAGAAAUCAUUUUGUUUGAGAAGACGACCUUUUUGGUGAUAUCAUCCACUGCUUCCAUACAGAAGCAGGAGACCACCAGCGAAGAGUUGGAUCCAAAGCGUUUCGAAAAGAUCUCAAAUAUUAUCAAAACCUACAAACAGUCGAUUUCCAAGUUGAGAUCCAAUUUCAACAACUUGAUAAUAAGAGGCAGCAACGGCACAUACUUCUACGUAGACGUGUUGACCGACAACAUGUUCAUCAUGAUCGUGUUGAAAGACAAGACUCCUGUGGACAGCAACAGUGUCCAACAACAUGAAGAGUUGUUGAUCCUUGAGAACAUUCGUUCCGCCAGAAAGUGGUUUGAGAAGAUUGAAAGCACCGGCAAGAUUGAAUCAUCUGCCAAUUCGCUCCAGAGGGCAUAA